AUGGCUGACAUUUUAUCGUUAAAAGAAUCAGUUCUGGUCUAUUUAGAUAGAAGUGGUGGCCUUCAGAAGCUGGCUGAAGAUUGCAAACCAUUCAAUGACCCCCAACAGAUUGAGGCAGUGUACAGGCUUUGUAUCAGUGUGAAUCCCUCUGAUGUAAUAGAGGUGGAUCCUGUGUUGGGUGACUGUGUCCUUCGUGAUCCUCUAAGAGCAACAGCCUUGUUUCAGUCCGUUUGCUUCCUGGCCAUAAAGACGCUUUCACUGGUUGAAAAAAUACACACAGAGAGUCAGGUUAAUGUAAUUCUGAAGUUGACACACCUGCCUCCAUUCCCUGAGUACACGUUGGACCUUUGUAGUUUUCCUCGUGGGUAUGGUCCAAUGAGGCCUGUCUCCAUGGAGGGCCUGGUCAUUGCCAUGACGAGGGUCACGAAAUACACCCAGGGGGCCAGGUUCCUCUGCAUCAAUGAUGACUGCCCCUGUUCUACAGGGUUUCACCGCAUCCGUGUCCACGCCCCUGGAGCAACAGAGUCAGCUACAGUGGGACACAACUUCAGCUGCAUGAUCUGCAGUUCCCCAUUGAAAGAGGAUGUGAAGUUCAGAGUGUUGGGAGACAAACAGCUUGUGGAGCUGAUCCAUGUCAAAGCCCUGGAUGGUGUAAGUGCCCAUCAGCAGAGCUCAUUCAGGUACCAGUCUGUCACCUUGUUUCUCAGAGAUGAGCUGUGUAACUCAGUGAGAAUCGGUCGACUCUACAGAGUGUUAGGCAUCCCUGCAUAUGUACAUCAGUGGCCCGGCAUUACCUGGAGUGUAGAGGCAAAUAGCAUCCGACCAUGGGAGCCAGAGUAUCCCCAUAAAGUCAGUGCCAGCUUCCAAGAGCUGUUGAAGGCCAUGGCUGGUUCUCCGUGGAGGUUCCCUGCAGUUGUGGCUCAGUGCUUUGGGUUGGACGUGGCUCCUCCAGGCCUCUACAACACCUUAAAGCUGGGCUUGUUGCUCAGCUUGGUGCAGACUAGACUAGAUGCAAAUGACACAUUUCACAACUUGGAUCUUCUAGUUGUCACCACUGACACUCUCAUAGCAGACAGACUAAUGAUGCACAGCCUGAGCUUGGCGUGUCGUGGGGUCAGGCAUCAGGCCUCAGGGGAGAUGUUUGCAUCCCUGUCCCGGGACGAACAUGGAGCAGGGACUGCUAACAUCCAUGCUGGCUCUGCCCUGCUAGCCACUGGUGGUAUUUGCAUGUUGGGAGAUCUGGGCUGUUAUAAAAAGGACCGGCUGGAUGCCAUGCAGUCAGUUCUGGAGAGCAGCACAGUAUCUGUGUUCAUCCCAGGGAAGAAGUAUGGUGAGGAUGCUGACCAGCAGCUUUCCUUCCCAAUCCAGUGCAGCUUCUGGGCCCUGACAGAUGCCUCUCGGCGUUCUGGGAGGGCAGACUGUGCCGUACUGGGAACAGCAGAAAUGGGUCUUGUACCAAUGCAGCUGGCAGACGCCUUUGGCCUGGUCAUUCAGUGUAGGGACAUGGUGGGAGAGCAUGCCCUGCUUGCUCAGACCAUCCACACCCUCCAGCAGGCAGUACAGCCUGGAAAACUCCUCUACUCACCCAGCUGGGAGUUUUCUACUCAAGACUACCAAGAGCUGGUAGCUCAUGCACAGGGUUUGCAAGUGGAGCUUAGCCCUGGAGCAGGGAAAAUAAUCCAUGGUUACUACAUGGCCAGCCGUAGAGUCCGAACACAGAAUCCCGGUGUCAAAAUGUCUGUGGCCUCUAUCAAACUACUGAUCUCAUUGGCUGAGGCCCACUGCAAAUUAUGUCUCAGAACACAAGUACUGGAGGAAGACGCUGUGAUCGCUGUGCUCCUCUGUGAAAACUCUGUCACUCUCCGGCACGGGGCCUCUGCUCUCGUUAUUCCACCGAACGCAGUGUUUCCUUGUGACCUGGGAGAUGUGGAUGGUUUGCACAGGAGAGAUGUGACCCUGGACGAGCUCCGCCAGAAUAUCCUACACUUCAUCUACACAUACGCACCAGGAGCAGACACAUACAUUACAGAGGAGUAA